AUGGAUGCCAAUGACUUGUUUGACGUCUUUGAUGAAAAGCCAACAAUAGAGGUUGAAGAGAUUUUAGAGCCACAGACCAAUGAGGAGGAAAGAUCGACUAUCGACGCCGAUCAAUUAACAUCUACAAAUGGUAAAAGACAGAAAAGUGAUGAAAACGAAUCUAAUAACGUAAAUUCUCAUGAUAAGGAAGACGAGAAGUCGUAUAGUAAAAGAAAAAAGACUGACAAAAAACUAGUUGAUCGAAAGAAGAAAUCUGAGCUUAUACCGGUGCUCGCGGACUCCUUCGAGCAGGAAGCCUCACGAGAGGUGGAUGCUUCGGCAGGAUUGACAUCUUCAACGGCACAAGUCGAGCAAGAUGGGAAAUUAAAGCUUUCACACCAGGUUAGACAUCAAGUGGCUCUACCACCUCAAUAUGACUACAAACCAAUCGGAGAACAUGUGAGGAAAAACGAAGCAAGGACUUACCCGUUCACUUUAGAUCCAUUUCAAGAUACUGCGAUUUCAUGCAUUGAUAGAGGUGAAGCUGUACUUGUUUCCGCACAUACUUCUGCCGGUAAAACCGUAGUUGCUGAAUAUGCCAUCGCACAGUCACUAAGAGACAAACAAAGGGUUAUUUAUACGUCACCUAUCAAGGCUCUAUCAAACCAAAAGUAUCGUGAGCUGCUAGCAGAUUUUGGAGACGUUGGAUUGAUGACAGGUGAUAUCACCAUUAACCCUGACGCAGGGUGCCUCGUUAUGACGACAGAAAUUUUGAGAAGUAUGUUGUACAGAGGUAGCGAAGUCAUGCGGGAAGUUGCUUGGGUCAUUUUUGAUGAAGUUCAUUACAUGAGAGACAAAGAACGUGGAGUAGUAUGGGAAGAAACCAUAAUUUUGUUGCCUGAUAAAGUUCGUUACGUUUUCCUUUCUGCGACAAUUCCAAAUGCAAUGGAAUUUGCUGAGUGGAUAUGUAAAAUUCACUCGCAACCAUGCCACAUUGUCUAUACAGAUUUCCGUCCUACUCCUCUACAGCAUUAUCUUUUCCCAGCUCAUGGCGACGGAAUCCAUUUGGUGGUUGAUGAAAAGAGCACUUUCAGAGAAGAAAACUUCCAAAAAGCGAUGGCUUCUAUAAGCAAUCAGAUUGGCGAUGAUCCCAACUCGACUGCCGCAAGAGGUAAAAAAAACCAAACCUAUAAAGGAGGAGCUUCCAAAGGAGAUUCGAAAGCAGACAUCUAUAAAAUCGUCAGAAUGAUUUGGAAGAAAAAGUAUAAUCCCGUUAUUGUCUUUUCCUUCAGUAAGCGUGACUGUGAGGAACUGGCUUUAAAAAUGUCGAAGUUGGAUUUCAACUCUGACGAAGAAAAAGAUGCACUAACCAAAAUCUUUACGAAUGCGAUAGAUCUUCUUCCAGAAAUCGAUCGUGACCUUCCACAAAUUAAACAUAUUUUACCCUUACUGAGAAGAGGCAUAGGUAUUCAUCACUCUGGACUUCUACCUAUUUUGAAGGAAGUUAUCGAAAUUUUAUUUCAAGAAGGGUUUUUAAAAGUUCUUUUCGCAACCGAGACCUUUUCCAUUGGCCUUAAUAUGCCAGCAAAGACCGUUGUGUUUACAAGCGUGAGAAAAUGGGAUGGUAAACAGUUUAGAUGGGUUUCAGGCGGUGAAUAUAUUCAGAUGUCCGGUAGAGCGGGUCGUCGUGGUCUUGACGAUCGUGGUAUCGUUAUUAUGAUGAUUGACGAGAAAAUGGAGCCCCAAGUUGCCAAAGGAAUGGUCAAGGGUCAAGCUGACAGACUUGACUCGGCGUUUCACUUGGGCUACAAUAUGAUAUUGAAUUUGAUGAGAGUGGAAGGUAUUUCUCCAGAAUUCAUGCUCGAACAUUCCUUCUUUCAAUUUCAAAAUAUCACAUCUGUACCUACCAUGGAAAGGAAUCUGGCGGUCUCUCAGGAGCGUCUCAAGGAGAUUGAUAUUGAGAAUGAAGCUGAAAUCAAGGAUUAUUAUGAAACAAAAAGAACAAUUGAAAGCUACCAAAACGACAUUCGUCAAGUUAUAACACAUCCUGCAAACAUUCUCAGCUUUCUACAACCUGGUAGACUCGUUGAAGUCGAAGUCAACGAAAAUGGGAGCUACGGAUGGGGGGCAGUGGUGGACUUUUCUAAGAGAACAAACAAACGGAAUCCCACUGCUGUUUACAGCGAUCACGAGUCAUACAUUGUUAAUGUCGUUGUGAACACGAUGUACGUUGAUGCUCCUGUUAAUCUAAUAAAGCCCUUUAACCCAGGAUUCCCAGAAGGAAUUAGGCCUUCUGACCCAGGCGAAAAGUCCGUAUCUGCCAUCAUCCCCAUCACUCUCGAGUCAAUCAAAAAUUUAGGAAAUCUUAGACUUCACAUGCCAAAAGACAUUAAAGCUAGCGGUCAAAAAGAAGCUGUUGCCAAGUCAUUGAAAGAAGUCAGACGAAGGUUUCCAGAUGGUGUUCCACUGAUCGAUCCUGUCAAAAAUAUGAAAAUAGACGACGAGGAUUUCGAUAGGCUUUUGAAAAAAGUCGCAGUCCUGCAGAACAAGCUCGCUUCGAACACGCUAGAAGGAUCAGUCAAAUUGCCAGAAAUCUAUAGGAACUAUGAGAAGAAAGUUGAGCUUGAAAAUGAAAUCAGAGCCCUGAGUAAGAAAAUCAAUGAAGCUGAAGCAGUUAUUCAAUUAGAUGAUUUGCGCAAGAGAAAGAGAGUAUUACGACGGUUAGGCUUUUCUACCCAAAGCGAUAUUAUUGAGCUCAAGGGCAGAGUUGCAUGUGAAAUUUCUAGUGGAGAUGAAUUGCUGUUGACCGAGUUAAUUUUCAACGGUAACUUUAAUGAUUUGACACCAGAACAGGCUGCUGCUCUGUUGUCAUGCUUUGCCUUCCAGGAACGCUGCAAAGAGGCUCCUAGGCUGAAACAAGAACUUGCAGAGCCUUUAAAAGCUAUGAGAGAGGUGGCUGCCAAGAUUGCCAAGAUUGUAAAAGACUCUAAAAUGGAAAUAAUUGAGAAGGAUUAUGUGGAAAGUUUUAGGCAUGAACUGAUGGAAGUGGUGUACGAAUGGUGUAAAGGAGCUACGUUUACACAAAUCUGCAAAAUGACGGACGUGUAUGAAGGGUCAUUAAUCAGAAUGUUUAAAAGAUUAGAGGAGCUCAUCAAAGAGCUUGUCGAUGUGUCCAGUACGAUAGGAAAUGCUAUGUUGAAAGAAAAGAUGGAAAAAGCUUUAAGUUUGAUCCAUAGAGACAUUGUGUCGGCUGGCUCUCUGUAUCUAUAA